CGUCUCCAUCGUGCGCGUUCUCGAACCGGACGCUGAGAAGGCUGGGAGCUGACGCCGCUUCAACAUCGCUUCGUGUCAACUUUGAUAGAACGAGCACACGCGCCAUGGAACGAAAUCGUCCAAAACAUACCAGAACCACGGUAUGUAUAGACAGAGAAGUUACCCCAUUUUCUCAGCCCCAACGCCGCGGCGCACCCAAUGUCCUUCACGCCCUGUCACGGUCAAGUGAUCUGUGACGCUCAUGUGACCUCGCUUUGCAAUCUUUCAAGUUCGCUCUCAUACUUCCCACAUCACCAUUGCACAUCAUGCCUGACAUAUGCUGGCUGUCUUCUAUCUCUCUCGCCCAGCAGGUUCUCUUCACAGCGCUCGAAAAUUCCAACUUUACUGUCAAGUUUGACGAACGGCAUAUAUACCCUUCCCCCACCUCGAGCCCAAACUGUUUCAUCUCAGCGGCUCCAGAACAUCUACGCAUAUUUGGUUUCGUCUGCAAGAUUGUUAGACAAGCAGUGCCGGACGACGUUUCGGACUUAUUUAUCCAAAUGAUCUGUCGAGCGUUUGUGAGCGACUACUUUCUCACCGCGCUCUUGAUACGCGCUGGCGUGUAUUCUUGCUCUCCCCGCCUCACGUCACACGUUACCAAAGCCGCAGUCAAGUUUGAAGAGUACUGCCGCCGACUCACCCGGGAUGAGAUUAACAUCUGGGCUUACGAUACUUUCGGUCCGCUUGUUGAGCUAGUGAAGAGCGACCUUAUCUCCCUCUACAGAGCGAAAGUCCCUUUGCAAGCGCAAGCGGCCUCGCCGAUCGGGAAGCGUGCAACCCCGUCCGGAAAGAUCGCCAGUGGGCCCAACCGCAGCUCCCCUGGUGAAGGGCAUUCUGUAUCCCUCAUGAAUCGCGGGGGCCGUGUCAGGGGGAAAGAGGUGAGUCACCGCAAACAUUGGGACCAUCUGUUCUGACUGUUUCAGAAUCGCGUUCAAAUGACCCCUCAACAGGAGGCUCUUCAAUCUCCCCGGCGCAGUGACACAGCAAACGCUACUUCGACUCCCAUUUUCACGAUUCCAAAUCUCAAGAGUAUCAAGAAGAAACGAAGGGGGGCUGCCGCUUUUCCAUCUCCUCACGCACAUUCUACUCCGGUUGCAAUCAAAUCUGAACCUGUGCAAACUGCAUCGCUUUUGGAUAGAAUCUACGGGUCGAACACUCAAGCGCAGGGGACAACGAGUCAUGCUUUACCCUUUGCCAAAGGUUUCGCUGCCACGUCGAUAUUGUCCAGCAUCUAUCCUUCUCCUGUCUAUACACAAGACCGCUGCAAGGUCGAGCCGGAAUCCCCUUUGGUCCUUCGCUCUGCCGCAAGUGGAUCCGAAUCUAUCUGCACUCCUGCACGCAAGAAUGGAGCAAGACCUUCGACUGUCUUCGAUCACUUGGCUACUCCAGAUUCUGCUUCGGCGGGACAGAACGAUGGAACUGGCCGCCGUAGUGUCUUACCUUCUCGGAUCGACAACCUCUUCCGUCUAGUUGAUUCGCCCCUACCUACGCUUGCAUAUCGUCCUGUUCGCGUCUCGACUUACAAGAGGAAAAAGGCUCACAAGAUUGGCAAGAAGCCUGAGAUGCUUACUGAUUCAUCGUCUGGGUCCGAGUCUAGUGACUCGUUUCCGUCUCUGUUCCAGCGCGCCAAGUCUUUGCCCUGUACUACAGCUAACACCGGUCGUCGCUUAAUCGACCGCAUCCAAGCCCUGGAUAUGCAUGCUGCCGCUGAUCAAGACGAAGAGAUGAAGAUGAGGAGCAGCUCGCCCACACAGCCGGAACCCUCCCUCUGGCCGGAAGCGUAUCCUGUUUGGUUGACGGCUGGACCGAGCACCGUCAAGCUUGCCAAGUAGCACUCGGAAUACCAUUUGAUACGCAUUGCUAUCUACAUGUAUCCUUACUACAUAUAUCUCGUUCGAACAUGAAUGAAUGAAACGGGUCUCGC